GAAAUCGCCCGUCUCCUGGCCCUGGAGGAAGCCACGCUCAGUACCGACCUGCAGCAGGGCUACGCUCUCAAGAGCAUCACCGGCCUCCUGUCCUCCUUUGUGGAAGUUGAGUCCAUCAAGCGCCACUUCAAGAGCCGGCUGGUGGGGACGGUGCUGAACGGCUACCUCUGCUUGCGGAAACUGGUGGUGCAGCGCACCAAGCUGAUCGACGAGACCCAGGACAUGUUGCUGGAGAUGCUGGAAGACAUGACCACAGGUAGACGGCGUGGGUGGGGGAGAGCCACCAUUGGCUUGGUUCAGCCUACGCCACCCUUGCUGGGCUCGGCCAGGGAGGGAAGAAGAAACAGGAGUCUGCCUAAGGAGCAAUGUUCUCUCUACUUGAGAUAG